CGCAUCACAAUGGCUGUUCCACUGGAGCCAGGCCCAGUAAGAGGUGGCCGGGUGUGACUCCAGCUCCUCACACCUUCCAGCAACCGGGCCUCAUCAUGAGAACCCCUCAAAAUGAGGGCAUAAGCACUCAGAGCUUGGAACAUGGUGCUGCCCGGACACCAUUGCUGGGACAGAGGCCCACCAGAGCACCAGGAUGGAACGGUCCCCAGGGUCCGCAUCCUGCUGGCCCUCCCAUUACCUAUGGUCCUCCUCCCCGGACAUACUUUGAAGGCCCCCGAUUUGUUCACACAGAGCUGUCUGCCGGCAUGCCUGUGUUGCGGACAUCCGUGCCGGGGCAGACCGUGUGUCCCUACUGUGGAAACCUCAUCAUCACGGUGACCUCCUUUGUCCCGGGCACCCUCUCCUGGCUGCUGUGCACCACCCUCUUUGUGUUUGGGUGCGUCCUAGGCUGCUGCCUCCUCCCGUUCUUAAGGACUGUAAUGGACGUGAAGCACUCAUGUCCCAUGUGUCAGCGUGAGCUCUACCACUACAGCCGUCUGUGAGCCCCUGAGAAAUAAAUGCCAGGGGCACCAACUAGGCAUGCCUGCGUCUGUGUCCUCACCUCCUGCCCUCCUCGUAGCCCGGGAGGUUGGGUGGCUGCCGGUGCUCCAGGAGCCUGCAUCGAGCACAUGGGAGCCGCACUGUUCCGUCCACCUCCAUCCUCUUCUGACCCCUUAGAGCCACAAUCCAUAGCUCAGCCCCAUCUUUCUGGGCUUUCUCCCAUCAGCCCAAGCCUCUGCCUCUUUGGGAAAACCAUCUCCCUGCAACCCCAGCUGGGAGGAAAGGGAGAUCUUUCCUGUUCUGUUAUCCACAUCCUCACCCACCGCACGCCCCUCAACCCACAUCCGGGCUCACUCUGGGCCCUGCCCCUGCCUGGCUGACCAGUGGCUCCGUUGCUAAGUGCAACAUCCAACAGGUAGUUGCUCCUUCGCUCCUUACCUGCCUGGGUUCUCUGCAGCCCUUGGCACUCACCCUCCCUUCCCCCAGAGACCUCAUCUCCUGGGCGGCAGUGGUUCUCCAGCCCCUCUUGGCCGGUGAUCCUCAGGGUCUGGCCUUGGCUCCUCCUGUCACACCCAACGUUUCCCUCCUUAGCUCCAGCAUCCCACCCAAAACCUUCUCCCUAGGACGCCUGGGCCCCUGCAGAGCCAACAGGUCUCACAGUGAUUCCCUCUUCCCUCUUCUCCUGGGCCUGCCUGGUGGCUGGGACAAGAGCGGGUGGCAGUGCCCCCUCCAGGGCAGCCUUUCAGUCCUGUCCUCCUUGCCCUGCAGUGAUUCCUUCCCUCCCCUUUAUCUGCCAUUGAAGGAGGCAGCAGCUCCGAGUCUCCCUGGAGUCUCACCCGCUCCCGCUGUUCUGCAGCAGCUGGUGGCUGGCACCCAUCGGGUGAUUCUUGUGGGCAAGGAUCCCGAAGUCCGGCUCGGACUAUCCCAGACACCUGCCGAUGAUGUGCCUCUCUCAGCCCGAGUCUACAUGCUUCCCCUGGGGCCCCCCGAGGCCAUCUGUGAGCUGGCUCCUGAUCCCGUCCACCCUAGCCAGACAGGACCGAGUGCUACUCUGUCCCCAACCGCCCGGCCUCCCCAGGCUGCUCCCAGCAGUGCCCUGCCUUACAGUCAGCCCCUGCUCUGUCACAGUCUGGUCACUGGUUCUCUGUUCUGUCACUUUCCCAGGCGAUUCGUGAGGCCUUGGCCAGGGCCUCGGGGGACAGGCGGGUUAUAGAAGCUAGGAUGGGGCAAGUCUACCCAGAUCUGUUGGGCUUCCCACCGAGAUUUAACCCUUAAGACUCCUUCCCAGCUGCAGCCUUACGGCAUGGCAGAGCUGCUGCGGAGGAAGGUGGACGUUAACAGACCCCAAAUAAGCUGACGAACCCCUUUCAGGGUCUUCCUGCAAAUAAGGUCAGGAGGGGGAUGAUGGGUAUAGGAAAAUCCAGUAUCACCAUGGAAGGACUUAAAUUUUGCAAAAUAGUGUGGUGGCUCAUGCCUAUAAUUCCAGCAUUUGGGAGGCUGAGGUGGAAGGAUUGCUUGAGACCAGGAGUUCUAGACCAGCCUGAGCAACAUAGCAAGACCUUGUUUCUACUAAAAUGUGGGGGAAGAAAAAAAUUAGCAGGGCAUGGUGGCGUGUGCCUUUAGUCCCAGGUACCCAGGUGGGUGAGGUGGGAGGAUUGCUUCAACCUGGGAGGUCGAGGUUGCACUGAGCCCUAAUCAUGCCACUGCACCCCAGCCUGGGUGACAGGGUCUCAAAAAGUGAAUAAAUUUUGUAAAGUAGAAAUACUGUUCUACUUGUCG